GUCUUUACUAGUGCUGCCCUCUGGCGGAGUGGAGUUUUAGCUAACCACGUUUGGAUAAACUUAGUCACACGUAAAAUUGCUUUAUUUUAAUUAUUCGGUUGUAUUUUUUGUUAGACUUAAUCAUACUACAUACGGCAUGUUUAGACCAAUUUGUAAACUCAUUGGCACUCGGAUUGACUUAGAAAAAUACCCAACUAUCUGGUUGUCAAUCAAAGUGGUAAUGCUAACAGAUGCUAACCACGCUAGCCUUAUCUGUCAAACUGAAACCACUCCCCAGAGACUUUACCUCCGUACAGUUACAUUAUUUACGUAGUCAUGUUACGAAACCGAUGUCGAAAGAGAAGAACUUCAAGUAAUUUUGUAUGACAAGAGGCGGAAUUUGUUACGUAUGUACAAUUAUGUUUAGCUAGAUGUUUGGUCAUGGAGGAGCUGUACAGUUUUUAGUGAAGAGGAUUUACGAGAGGACAAAGACAGAUCAGAAGUUGUUUGAAGUGUUUGUCAUGGGGAACAACUGCAGUAAUUUGGGGAUCCCUCCAGCCAAGGGCCCCUAUCCUGUGGGAUGCACCGACUUCAUGUUGGACCACACUGUUCACGGCAGCUUCUUCCGUCUGUACUAUCCAUGUCAGGAGUCAGAUAAAGCAGAGAAGCCCGACUGGGUCCCCUGCAGAGAAUACUUCAAUGGUCUGGCAGAUUUCAUGAAAAUCAACAGGGCAUUUAGCGAGAGAAUCUUCAACCAUCUCUUUGGAUCCUAUAAGAUCCCAGCGUACAUGGAUGCUCCCUUUAAAGCUGAUGCGAAGUGUCCUGUUGUUGUUUUCUCCCAUGGCCUCGGAGCAUUUAGGACUUUGUAUUCAGCCAUUUGUGCAGAACUGGCGUCGCGGGGUUUUAUUGUGGCAUCAGUUGAACACCGAGAUGAAUCGUCCUCAGCCACGUAUUAUUACCGUGAAAUGACAGAGGAGGAGAAGGCCAAGCCGAGGGUGCCUAAAAGCUGUGCCUCUGACCCAGACCACCUGUUCAAAGUGUGGAUGUACUACAGAGUUCUGAAGCAUGGAGAGAGCGAGUUCCCCGUCAGGAACAAACAGGUGAAGCAGAGGGCAGAUGAGUGUAUUCUGGCUCUGGAGAGACUGGAAGAGAUUAACUCAGGACGACCGCUACAGAACGUCCUGAAGACAGACUUUGACUGGACCACACUGGAGAAUUCAAUGGACCUGUGCAGGUUAGCAGUUAUGGGACAUUCGUUUGGAGGAGCCACUGCCAUCGAGGCACUGUGUAAAGAGGUCAAAUUUAAGUGUGGCAUUGCGCUGGACGCUUGGAUGUUCCCUUUAGAUGAGGAGAUCUUUCCUCGGGUAAAACAGCCGAUCUUCUUCAUAAACUCCGAGAGGUUUCAGUGGGCAGGAAACAUCAGCCGCAUGAGAAAGUUGGACUCUGCUGUCAUACAGAGGAAGAUGAUCACCAUCAGAGGAACUGUGCACCAGAGCUUCCCAGACUUCACAUUCCUGACUGGAAACUGGAUUGGAAAGUUAAUGAAGCUGAAAGGAGAGACUGACCCUGAGAUCGCCAUAGACCUGUCCAACAAAGCCUCACUGGCAUUUUUACAGAGGCAUCUGGGUCUUGAGAAGGACUUUAAUCAGUGGGAUCCUCUGAUUGAUGGAGAAGAUGAAAACCUGAUCCAGGGCACUAAUAUCGUGCAGUCGUCCAUCUGAGUCUGGGCUGGUCUGGACUCCCCUCACACACAGGAUUAAAGGGGGCAGGCCCGUUCUCACAUAUACAUGCCUUUGGACACUGGUGCAACUCUGGAGAAAGCUCUACCUCAGCAGAAGGAAGUGUGUCGCUGUUUGUAUGAGGCCAGAAGCAGUCUUCUGUUACCUUGGCAACAAAAUGAGAAAGACUUAACCUCUUAUUGGGCAGAUAAGUGUGACGGAUCCACCUCUUUUGGGCUUCAUAAACAGAAGAAAUAUGGACUUUGUCUGAACCUUAUGAUGAAUUAAGACAUAUCAGGGGAUAGAAAAGGUUUCACACUAUAUUUUAUGCUUGUAGUAUUGUCAUAAAUAUUUAGAAAUAAUUAUAAAAUUUUAAUCUGUAAUCAAUCCUUUUUAUCAGCAGAGGCAAUUUGUAACAUUAAUUCUUCAUAAAUUCUAUCAAGUAAAAGGAUUUAGAUCACUUAGGUUCAUACUAUAAUCUCAGGAUCCCACAUGGUUAGAUUGGAUGAUAAAUGCCUGAAAAGCAUAACUUUUAAAAUGGCAUUAUUGUGAAUGAGACUGGAAUUCCAUUGGGCCUAGUAAUUAUGACAUCAUUAUGUAACAGUCCCAAUGGUCUCAUGUGUAUAUAUUUGUAAAUCAAAUUGUAAUGCUGUGCAGAUAAACAGUAUGGCUGCAGUGUGAUUAUGUGAAAUGGCCUUGAAUAAAACUGAUAUCCUUCAGUUUGAUAGAUCUGGACAGACAUGAGAAUGUACCUUCAACAAUGCAAUAAUGACGGUUAACCUCCUGUGUUAAACCACAUGUGACUUUAACACUAAUAUUGACUCAAUCAUCCACGUGCCUCUACUCUACAGUUUCCUUUAAUACUUUUAUACAUCUAUCGUCCACAGUAUCUGCCAAUAUGAAACAUACAAUAAAGAGUUUGUAUAAA